AUGAGGUCACACAAUUUCACCUUAGUAUCUGACUUUAUCUUGGCCGGUCUAGUAAUUCACGAUGAUCUUCGGGUCAUUGUCUUCCUUUGUCUCCUGUUAUUAUACAUAAUAAACUUGGCAGCAAAUCUGUCUAUAUUGAUGAUUGCCAUUACUGAUCUGACUCUCCAUACGCCCAUGUAUUUCUUCUUGGCUAAUGUGGCUUUCCUUGAAAUCUGUUACUCGUCAGUGGUCGUCCCCAAGAUGCUCAUAGAUCUUUUUAUGUCUAAGAACAAGAUGAUCUCAUUUUGGGGUUGCAUGCUACAAGUACAUUUCUUCCAUUUCUUUGGUAGUACAGAAGUCAUUCUGUUUUCUGUGAUGUCCUAUGACAGAUACGUGGCCAUUGCACAUCCCCUGAGAUACUCCGCCAUCAUGAGUUCCAACAUCUAUCAAGGUUUAGCCUUGUGUUCUUGGGUUAUUGGAUUCUCACAUGCCUUGCUACACACCAUAAUGACUGCAAGGCUUCCAUUUUGUGGACCAAAUGUAGUGAAACAUUUCUUCUGUGAUGUGAAACCAAUGCUGAGCUUGGCCUGUACAGAUGUGUCACUUAAUUUUAACCUACUCACUAGGGUCACUGGGACAAUUGUUAUAACAACCUUAAUUUUAACCAUCUUUUUCUACAUCUUUAUUGGUAAAUUUCUUUUCAAAAUCAAGACCUCACAAGGACGAAAACGUGCCCUGUCUACGUGUAGUGCUCAUUUUACCGUUAUCACUCUCCAAUAUGGAACGGCCAUUUUUACUUAUGCUCAACCACCUACAAAAGACUCUUUAGACCAAGACAGAUCAGCGGCCAUUAUGUUUACCAUCAUAACUCCAGCUUUAAACCCAAUAAUAUAUACAUUAAGAAACAAAGAUAUGAAGAAAGCUUUGAAUCGCCGGGUGCGUAAAUGUCUGGUUCAUAAAAACAUUAUGUUAAUGAUCCAGUACGGUGAACAGCGAUAUAGUGUAAUUCUUGACAUCGAUGAGCUCAACCAAUACAGACACAACACUAGUUAA